CCUUUUUUCGUAUGACGUCGCCGGAGCUGCAGGGCUGGGUUUCCAUUUUUUGAUGCGAGUUUUGGGGAACAACAAUAUGGAGCCGGACAUGGAGGACAAAACGUUGGAGCUGAUGAACACCUCGGUCAUGGAGUCCCAUACUGGAGAUCUAUCCCAGAAGACUACCACAGUAUUUAAAAUCACUAAUGGUCCUCUGACGGGCUCCCGGAAGAGGCCGUCGGAGGGUGACUACGAGAAAGAGAAGGACGUUUGUAUUCAGCUGUUUGACCAGUGGUCAGAAACUGACCAGGUGGAGUUUGUGGAGCAUCUGAUCUCACGCAUGUGCCACUACCAGCACGGCCACAUCAACUCCUACCUCAAACCCAUGCUCCAAAGGGACUUUAUCACAGCGCUGCCAGCUCAGGGUCUGGACCACAUAGCGGAAAACAUCCUGUCGUUCCUGGACGCACGCUCGCUCUGCUCAGCUGAGCUGGUAUGUAAGGAGUGGCAGCGCGUCAUCUCCGAGGGAAUGCUGUGGAAGAAACUGAUUGAGCGCAUGGUGCGCACAGACCCGCUCUGGAAGGGCCUCUCCGAGAGGCAUCAGUGGGAAAAGUACUUAUUCAAGAACCGCACUACAGAAGUUCCGCCAAACUCGUACUACCGUUCUCUUUACCCAAAAAUCAUUCAGGACAUUGAAACCAUUGAGGCUAACUGGCGCUGUGGAAGGCACAACCUUCAGAGGAUCCAGUGCAGGUCUGAGAACAGUAAAGGAGUCUACUGCCUCCAGUACGAUGAUGACAAGAUCAUCAGCGGCCUCCGAGACAACUCCAUCAAGAUCUGGGAUAAGCAGUCUUUGGAGUGUUUGAAGAUUCUAACGGGACAUACAGGGUCUGUGCUGUGUCUGCAGUAUGACGAGCGGGUCAUUGUUACUGGCUCCUCUGACUCCACAGUCCGGGUGUGGGAUGUGAACUCGGGGGAGGUACUGAACACACUGAUUCACCACAACGAGGCGGUGUUGCACCUGCGCUUCUGUAACGGUCUGAUGGUGACGUGUUCCAAGGACCGUUCUAUCGCCGUGUGGGACAUGGCCUCUCCCACAGACAUCAGCCUGCGGCGGGUGCUCGUGGGCCACCGGGCCGCCGUCAACGUGGUGGACUUUGAUGACAAGUACAUCGUCUCUGCCUCCGGCGACCGCACCAUAAAGGUAUGGAGCACAAGCACUUGUGAGUUUGUACGCACUCUAAACGGUCACAAGCGUGGAAUCGCCUGCCUGCAGUACAGAGACCGGCUUGUGGUUAGCGGCUCCUCUGACAACACCAUCAGGCUAUGGGAUAUUGAGUGUGGUGCCUGUUUGCGGGUUUUGGAAGGCCAUGAGGAGCUGGUGCGCUGCAUUCGCUUCGAUAACAAGAGGAUAGUCAGUGGAGCUUAUGAUGGUAAAAUUAAAGUCUGGGACCUGCAGGCUGCUCUGGACCCUCGAGCCCCAGCCAGCACUCUGUGUCUGCGAACACUGGUGGAGCAUUCGGGCCGAGUGUUCCGGUUGCAGUUCGACGAGUUCCAGAUCAUCAGCAGUUCUCAUGAUGACACCAUCCUUAUCUGGGAUUUCCUGAACGUGUCAACUAAUGGACAAAUGGAAGGGCGAUCGCCAUCACGCACGUACACCUACAUAUCCAGAUAGCAGGGCAGCACUGGAGGUGUGCGGAGUGUGAGAGUGUGUGCGGGGACUGUCCUGAAGACCGAGUCUCUGUGGUAGUGUGCCAGGAUCAGAGGUCGAGGAACGCCACCCCUCUCCACCACUCACCCUUCUUUCUCUCUCUCUCUCCUUCCCUCCUCCAUUCUUCUCUGUUUCUCCCUUUUUAUUAUUAUUGUUAUUUUUGCCUCAUUCUGAGGGCCCCCCCCCAAACACACACUUGGCCCUGCUCCUCUCUUUCCCUUUCUGUGGAGGAUUAGAUGGAGAGAGGGAUGCCAUUUGAGGAAGAGCUCCGCCCCAUAUCUUGAGUGAUGGCUGCCCUAGCCCUGCCCCCUGGGCCCAAGGACUAUGUAUCUUAAUUUUUUUUUUCUCUUAAUUUUUUUGGUGAAAAGAAGAAAAAAGGAAAACGGAGGAAGUGAAUCUUCCGUGAGGACUGUAUUUGCAUGAAUGAAUGAUGGGACAGUAGAGCCGGUCAAUCCCCCAAACCCUUCUUUUGUCUUUCUUACUUUUUUUUUUAUUGUUUUCCUUUUUUAUUUGGGAAAUCAACUUCAUUUCGCUUUCUUUGUGAUAUUGUACUAAUAAUUGUAUUUCUCUCCCUUUCAAUUUCUCCUCCCUGAUAUGUCGCGCUGUCCCUCCAUUUCCCUGCUAGCUCUAGCUUUAUCUCUCUCUCUCCUCCUCCUUCUCCGUCUUAGUCCCUUUUGCUGUCCGCUUGUCUAGGUUCCGAAUGACCCAUAACUGAUCUGAAUUUAGUUGUAAACAAAUGUCUUGUCUAAAAUGGUGUUGUAUAUUGAAAAGAUUUUUUAAAGAAAAAAAAACAUUAUUAUUAAUAAGAAUAAAGUACUUGACUGUGAA